AUGUGGUAUUACUUUGUUGCUCACUGCGCUUAUCACUUUACCAGAUGGUUUCCAAAAGAUUCCCGAGGAGCAGCGUAAGUUAACUUAAAUUUUGUUAGUUUUUGGUGAAGUCGAAAGCUUAUGAGGACAAAAAUGCAUGGUCAUCUUGGCAAGACAUUGUCCAUUGAACGACUGUUGAGCCCUGAUCCAAUUAAAAGAUUGCUUCCUUUUUUGAUUUGGGUCAGGGCAAACACCUAUUGAAUUUGUUAGGUAUAUGCAGUAACUAUUAGGCAGGGAUCAAACAGUUAGGGGGGUACUUUUAGCUGUGCUUUUCUUUUGUUUUGCAUGAAAGUACAUGUACCUUGGCGGAAGGGUCAUGCUUAUAGUAGCUGCAGGAAAUCCCUGCCCCCCCCUCCCCUCUAACACCCCUCAACAACUUAAGAGAGUAUCAUAUGCGUAUUUUGUAUAAGAGGUACAGAUGGAUAACCAAGCUAUAGUUGCGUGUAUUCAGCAGCCUGUAUUGAUCUCAAACCGCAGCAGGAUUAGCUCAGUCGGUAGCUUGCUUGACUGCAGAGCAGGAGGUCAUGGAUUCGAUUCCCAGGGCCGCACCAAGUCCAAUCUCGACCCAGAGCACUUCUGCGCAUGUAGAGGAGAGAGCUAUCAAGAGCUCUGGAGAUCCCUGGAGCAAGAUUGUCUCUGAUUUGUUUCAGCAAAAAACAAUAAAAGUGUUGCUGAUUGGUCCAUUCAAGUUCGCACGAGAGCGGUUGAAUGUGUGGUGUGUCUGGCUUGUGAGCGGGUUUUUCCCUAGAAAUGUUGAAGUAAACAUGACUGGCCGAUUCUUGAUUUCAGUGAUUCCAAAACAACAUUUGCACGACUAAUAAUCAGGCAGAAUUACUGGAUUUUCCAAUUUUCAAAUAAAAUAGCUUAGCUACAUAUCGAAAAUUGAACCAGAAAAAGAUUUGAAUGCGAAAGACUAAAAUAAAAUACACCAACAUCUUUGCCAGCUAUAAUUUAAGAAGCAUAACACAUUACUGGUUUUUCUUUGACUUCCACGUUAUUGUAUUCACACAAAGUAGCCGAGUAUGAAUGAAAACUUGAGCUUCUUGUCGUAAAUUGCCUAAAACAGACUUGCAAGGAAAAACAGAAAAAGUAAAUCGUUCCCUAAAGUGAUGCAUGUACAAUGCGACUAGAUAUUUAUAGUUGUCUUCUUUUCCCAUGAUAUCGCAUUUCAAAGCUGCAGCUUCGCUGAAGUGCUGAUGUUCAUAUAAAUAAAAGGACGCUAAAUUCAUAUUUUGGAAAGUUUUAUUGGAAUUUCGAUACGUUUAUCUUAACAAGCCAUUCGGGUUUCACUUACUGCCUCUUGAAGUAGUCCACAGAAAUAUUUAAUCAACUGUCAAGCAUAUGCAAACUUCAAGUCUCAAAUCUGUGAUUGGGAACGUUUAACAGCUACCACAAGAGCCUUAGAUACCUGAAUAUUCCUCAAGGCCAUUAUAAACUGAAUUUCUUCAGUUCUAAUACCGAAGCGGCACAAGACUUUCGCGAUGAAGUAGAUAUAAAAGAAACAAAAAGUUUUAGUUGGAUCAAAUAGCAUGUGCUGUGAGGCCCAAAUAGCCAGAUUCUGGCUACUCCGGUGCGCAGAGUUUCCAGAGCUUACACGCACAUUCCCAAACCCGUAAGCACUGGGGUAGAGAAUGCACCAAGUCAGGGUCAUAAAGUAUGUUUUGAGAAAUGAAAGUACUUCUAUUGCCUUGUAAACGGCCCAACCUUUGCAUGGCUUGGAUGACGUACAUUACAAAUCAUGUACAUGUAAAUGGGAGUUCCAUCACUAGAAUGAGACAUUAAAAUAGUGUUCGUCGUCCUAAAUACAUUGACAAAAAAAACGCAUCUUUUUUUUAUGAACUGAUAACAAUAUUCAGUUAGUUUUAGAUGUUGAUUUAUUGCAUAAAUAUCGCAUUGAUAAUUGCAACCUUAUUUUUUCAACAGGAGACUUGCUGUUGUACUUUUUGCCCUUAUGUUCAUUAUACCACAAGUAUAUGUGAUUCAGCUGUAAGUAUUGACUACUUAAUUUAUACAUAAUUUACAGUAACAUAAUCUUUUAGUAUAGUAGGACAAUGGGUGGAAAGAGCUGUUAACCAGUAGAAGUAUUCUCUUCUUUGAUGCACAAAUGUAAAACCAGCUGGAAGACACAAAAUGGCCAAUUGAAGUAAAAGCAAGCCAGGUUAACAGGCUCUAUUUAUUAAUUUAGAAACAAGAAGAAAACUGAGCCAAGUUAACUAUCACAAUGACUUCUGAGACUGAUACUAGGGACAGGGAAAAAACUUUGGUCAAAAACUUUGUAGCUGACAAGCACGCCCUCAGUAGCGAUCCCAGAAACAAUAAUUAAUAUUAUUGUGGCACGUAUUUCAGCUCCGGUUUCCUUCUUGUUCUAAAGUGGCAAAUUUUGAGUGAUCAUAACUUUUUUUUACUGUUGUUUAACUUGUUAAAUAAAUCCAGUACACAUCCAUGAGAGCUCAAAAUUUGAGACACAAAAUAAUAAUCAAAAUCGCGUGUAAAAUGGAAGAAAUAUCAACCUGCAAAUAACAGCUGGUCUUACUCAAAUAUACCUAAUGUCAGAUGAUAAUUAUCAUUCCUGUAGCUUUGUAUUCAUGUCAAAAUAGUAAGACAACCAUUUGCAAUCUGAAGGUUUCUAAUAGUAAUCAUGGAACAGUCAUUGACUCUGUUGACCCUUUCUCAAAUCUCAAAUCUUUAUUUUAACACAGUAAAAAUUCAUCAGGUUUUUUGUUACAUAUAAAGUAUAACUACAUAACAAUAUUUAAUAAUAAUAAAUACAUAUCUAAAGAGUCUCUUAAUAAAAAUACUACUCAAAAUUACACUAAACUAUACCUGUUUUCCAUGAAUGCCGUGUAUCUAACUUAAUUAUAACUAAAAUGAAAGUUUAACAAUUGCUUAAAACGAUUUAGAGAUUUCUCUUGCCUAAGAUUGCAGGGCAGACUGUUCCAGAGAGUUGCACCUCUAUAGCUAAAGCUCCUUUUUAGGUAGUUGGUUAAAGUCUUUAAAGGUCAAAUGAACCAAAAAAUUGAAACAUUUUUUUUUGUCACUUUACCUUCACCAAACACUAAAAAGAACCAUCCUAAGUGAGAUGUGGGUAAAGAUUUUUCUUCCCAAGCCUUUAUAGAAAGAUAAAAGAUCAAAAUCCGAGCAUUUCAGAAAACUUCACGAAAACGUUUCUGAAAUGGCCGCGUGAUAGACUGGAGACUACGUGACGUCAAUGUUGGUCUUUCAGGACGGAAAAACGUUCUGCGCAAGCUUCUGCGCAUCCCUUAUCGCCUGCGUUUGUUUGUCUCGUUCUGUGAGAGUUCUGACUGAGACUGAAUGAAAUACAUGAGGUGCGAAAGUUUGCUCCUUUUAAAGGCUUUUUUUUUGUUUUUGUUGUUGUUGUUGUUGUUUUUUCGUCACUUGAAAAUUACUUUGGAUUCAGAACAACCAAUGUUAAAAACAGAUCAUCCGUCAGUCUGAGGAGGAAUAAAACAAUUUGAACAUUUCCAAAGAGGUUUGUAUUUUUCUGAUAAUAGGCCACUUGCACUAAGAGGUCACGUGACCAAUACUUCCCUUAAACGAUUAGUUGGAAUCCUGCUGAUGCCAAAAAUUGACAGAGCACAUAAAAAUUAUCUUACAUGCGAAAUUUGAGAGAAAAAACCAUUUAAGGGAGAUAUUUUAUGGCACUUUGAUUUUUCAACAAAGUAGUAUGAUUUGUAUUGGCCGUCAUGUUGGAGGGCAUACUCUUGCCCUCCAACAUGGCGGCCAAAACUACUUUUUGCUUACAUCUUGUUAAACUUUUGAUAGUUAUGUUCAGAUGUGCUACAAACGUUACCACAUCAUUUUUCAACAUUUUCCUUGGAAGUUUAAGUGCAAAAUUUGUGUUCAGAAAGAAGUGAUUUGUAAUUUUCAAAAUCACAUUUUGGUCACGUGACCAGCUACAAACUUACUCAUUUUAUGACAACGGUGCAGGUUUGAAAAACCAAAUCAGUAUUAUUUUGUUUAGAAUAUGACCCACUAAUCAUUUUUUGAAGGCAAAAUUAUAUAACUUUCAUCUUCAUAAAAUGAUGUCACAUGACCUCUUAGUGCAAAUGGCCUAUUGUGCAUUCGAUUUGUCAAUUGAUUUUGUGUCCAGUUCUUCACCUUCUUUCGCCGGACUGAAUUAAAACCCACUUGUAUUCUGUUAUUAGUAGUUACGGUUAGUUUUUUUACAUGGCCAGAUUUAUUUACCUUUGCAGAACCGGCUUUAUCCUCGUCUUAUGUCAAAGAACCGUAAUGCUAACGCUUGGGAGUGAACAAACUUGGGCGCUUAAAACUUCCUUGGAACUUUAGAAGGCCAGCAAGCUUACUCGAGAAGAAAAGACUACUUCGAUAAUUUUUCUGUUGCUCAAGUAAUAAUAGUCAGAGUUUUUUCCCUUUAGUUUUUUCAGUUUUAAUUACAUAGUUUUGUUAUCUUUCUGUACGCAAAUUUUCCUUUCACUCGCUGUGAAGUAGCGCGGAGAACGACAACUGCCGGCAGUUACUCCAAAACAAUCGACUCUUUGCCCGUAAACAAUUGCUGGAGCUGGAUUUGACUGAAGCGAGCAAAAGAAAUCCUUAUGUGCAGUUUUCUGUAUUUUCUGAUUUAGUUUGCUGAGUUUAAUUUGCUUGAAUGAAGACCCUCGCAUGGACCAGUUAUUAAAUGUAGCUAAUCUAGCUAAGUAGUCGGAAUCAUGGCUUGGCUGCGAAGCUUGCAACUGAUCUUUUGCUAUUAAGAUCUUUAGGUAGGUUGUUUCCGUACAGAAAACUCACUUCUUCUUUGUCAGCAGGUAUAGGAGCCUUAAGCCUUAUUUUUUUUAAUGAAAAUUUGUUGUUUUGCAAUCUUAUUGAAGCUUUUUUUAGUUCACUUAAGCUGAAUUUUACGCAUGAUGGAAUUGUUCUUUGCUUGUCGCAUCUCUUUGCCAGCUUAAAGUGGCGUCUUUGGUCCUUAAAGUGACCUCAAUCGGUAAUUAAAUCUUAUACAUAAUUGGAAAGAAGUUUUUGCAAUAAUGUAACUUUAACUUUGUUUGAAGGAAAUCUUACUUUAAUACGCGUAGGUUUUUAACAAGUGUUAUGCAUGUUCAACUUGACAACACAAAGCAAAAUUAAUCUGCCCGAAACGAUCAAGUUUAAAAAACUAUGGUUGCUUUGAAAACGAUCUUGGGGAAGAUGUAGUAGAUAAAGAUUAACUCUUUUUCGGCCCAUAUAUCAACGCCAAAACUUGUACAUUGAGGAUUUUGUUUAUAUUUUAGUGAUCUGCGAAGCUAGAAGUGUCCGAUCGAGUGUGGGUUUUAAAAUAUCAGCACGAGUGCAACAAAGCUCAGGGACUUCAAACACAUUGUGGGCAAACUUGAAUUUCUUUGGGCAGAUUAUUAUACAAAGUUAUUUUGUUUUUGUGUUCACGGUGGAGCUCCGGACCCUAAUCAGACUUACACACGCACAUUUCCAGUACAACUCAAGGAAAUUAGUAAAUGUCGUUAAAGUCCGUUUUACUAUGAUGUAUUCUUCGAAAAAAUUAAAUAAUAAGAAGAUUAUAACCAUAGCUUGCAACUUUUGAAGACAAAUUGCCUGUUAUUUCCAGGUUUAUGGUCGCACAAACCACUUCCAUGCCAAGUUGACUCGAAAAACUGUUUUGAAUUUCCCGCUUUUUUUCACCUGACCAACAUUGACGUCACAAGCUGUUUUUUCCGACAAUUUUUCCAACCGCUCUACGAAGAUAAGGGCCAAAAAACAGCAAUUUUUAAUUGCCAAUAUCUCGUAGACACUUGCUUCAAUUGAGCUGAAACUUCAUAGUAUGUUUAUUUGGUUCAUAUUAAACACAUUUCACUGGAAUUGAACUAAAAUAAAAAAGGUCGAAAUUUUGGUUCAUUUGACCUUGAAGUCCCAAUAGUGACCAACAUCAAUUUUCUCCUAACAACAUCCAUACAUAGUCAAGAGGGAGGAUUAUGAGAAUGAAUUAAAUGAUCACCAAAGAGAAAAUGCCUUGAUUUUUUAUUAAAUUCUCUCACCUAAUUCUUAAAGGAAAUUUAUGGAGAUCAGUGUUUGGAGAAUUUGUUUGUGGAUAUUGGGGCUUGAGGGGUUAAUGCGGACAUUGAAUGGGUCAUAGAAAGUGUCCAAUAAAAUUAAUUUUGUUAUUAACCUAGUUUGCUUCUCAAUUUCCUUUGUCUCCAAGUCCUAGUUCAUGAAUAAUUUUAGGGCUAGGAGACAAAGGAAAUUAAGAAUCACCCUGGGUUAAAAAUUUUUUACCUGAAUUUAAUUUUGACCUGUAAAAGAUCUUUCCAUAGGUAACCUUCUAUUAAACCUUAAUUCCUUUUCAUGGUAUGUUGAGACUCCCUUAGCCUGCAUCGCAGACAUACAUGUAACCUAACCCUGGUCAGUAACAUCUGCAAAGCAGUGCUGAUAUCCUUAUUUUGGGCCCACAACUGAGUCAAUUAACUUCUGAACAUUUGUUUCAAUUUUUCCUUCAACCUAAUUGGCAAAUCAACUAUGACAUGCAAAUCAUGACACCCCUGGUACACUUUUGAAGGCCCAGAACAAGGAUAUUGAUGCUGUUUUGUAGGCAGAAUUAACCAGAAGUUUAGUUCUGUCUUUGAUGUGGGCUGCGAACUGCCAGUGACUUGAGCAGGUACAAAAACUCUUCGGUUUUUGAGGGGUGUAUUUUUACCCUUCAAAUGCCCAUAUCUGCCCAUGAGGAUCCCCAUCCCUUGUACUACUUGUGAUGUCAUUGGUUUGAAUGGUCAUAGACUAUUUUGACACCUACAACUCGAGCAGGAAAAAGAAAUCUUUCAUGAGCAUGAAUCAGGCAAACAGGCCAGAGAAAAAAUGUAAAAUGAACAUCUAAGAUUGACCAGAAAAUUGACUACUUACCCAUACACAUACCGUGCACUUUCUACUGAAAAAUUAUUAAUUCACAACCCUUAUAAUUUUUGUUGAAACUUUUUCACCUGAGUGGGUGCCUUAAGUAAUAAUUUAUUGCUCAGCCCAACCCCCCAAAGAAAGAGGAAAGAAUUGCAAAAGAAUUGGGAAGGAGAACUAAGUGAAAUGUAAAAGUAUCAACGUUUUGCCUUCUGGCCGUGCCUGAACUUCAGAAGCUGAUAUCUAACAUCAGGAAAUGCUUGACUUAUAAACAGUGCAGUGCUUUGGGCUGUUUUGGUUCUUUUUGGCCGGAUAAUGACCAGAAAAUGGAUCCACUACCUGUGGCCAAUAAGCUGGGGCCAACUCGUUUUAAAGCAAAAUUACUAUAUUACUUACUUGUGCUUUUUACUUUAUUUGCUGUAGGCCUCCAAGCUCUCGGACCUGUGAUGAACCUUUGCUCAACAUCUCAGUUGCAGGCAUUGUUUUUACAUUCGCUAUGAUAGGUACAGUGUACUUUCUCCGUCUGGUGUUCUUUUAACCUCGUAAUUUUGAAAAACAAUGUGCAGGUCCAGAUCAUAUCCAUAACUUCCACUUAAGACCCCACACACCUCUGGAAAUUCCAAUAACUACUGCUAAACUUCAUCCAUUCCUUGGAGAGGGGGGGGCCCAGGGCUGGCAAAAGUUUUUAAGUAGUAGGCUGAUAAUGUAUACUAGGCAGCUUUGGAACUUGCACCAAAGGCACAAGUUCUUGAGGGCUGCGGCAUCAAGGGUCAUUUUGAAUUUAGAGUCUCGGAAGUUUCCAGGGGUUUUCAAGAGGUAUUUUCCAUCGCGGACACCAUCAAUGAGGUCAAGGAUAAAUUGAAGGUCUUCGUGCAAAAUUGUCCUUGUGGUAUGCAAAAUUUUGACCUGUGACUAUUAAUUUGCAGUAAAAAUGUGCAAGAACACAUCUUCUUACCUGGCAGUUUCUUUUGUAGUGCUAAUGCCCAACAUGACACUGAGUUUCUUUCACCAAACAAUGAAUUUUUUUCAGCUAAUAAUAUGUAUCCGGUUAUAUUUGAUCUGUGGCUACUACAUGUAGUAGCUCAGGGCUUGCCAGUAGUUUAAAAAUUCCCUUUCCAACUGAAAUUUACAGACAACAAGAAAUUAUUCUAAACUGCCUACAAAUUGGCAACAAAAUUAAUUUCUUGCAGCAUAGCUAUGACUUUUAUUGUGGAUUUGCUUUUGUACUUUGACUUUUUGCUUGGUUAUUUUGCAUGUGCUGCAAAAUAUCUCACUAAAAGUGAGGUUAGUUUAUUAUAGCUCACCACUUCACUACAUCCCAUCCUUUGUGCAAUAUCCUGGAAGCUACCGUGUGGCAGGAAAUUUUUGCAGGUUCUAAUUUUUGUGAUUCUUCCAGCGAUCCACAGAAAUACGUUCCUGCAAAUAAAAAUUACCACUAACAUUUUUCCCACAAAAAUUUAGUCCAGUCUGAGAGUAAAUAAAAUUCUCUAACUUAACUUCGCUACACAAAAAUACAGUACUAAGAAUUCGUGUCUGUUCAAUCACAACUUGUCUCUUUCAUUCAGAAACAAUGAAAUAAUGGUUUAUUGCUUGAAAAUAUGUAUUUCUAUCACAUGUACUCAAUAAAAGAGAAAAUAUUUUCAAUGCUAUGUACUGGGUACUCUCUAAAAAUCCUAAAAAUUAAUUCCCAGCAAGAAAAAUCAAUCUGUCCUAAUCGCGAAAAUUAGUUCCUGCAAAACACAGAAAAUUGCCAAUCCACAAAAAUAAACUCCCGCAAAAAUUUUGUGCCACACGGUAGUUGCAACACGCAGCUUCUGAAGUGAACUGCAACCCGACUAAACAACUUGUUUAAUCAUGACAUGCCAAAUGAUAUUCUACAAAAUACACUAUCCAUUGUUAUUUUCAUUUGACCCUACUCAACAAAGAACAACAUUGUCUGGGGGAGAGGGGUGGGGGCUGCUUUUCCCUUGGGGAGGGGGAAGGGGGUAGUCAUAGCCUGUGUUUUUGCUUAUAUUAUACAUGUACAUAAAUACUGUAACAUGAACUUGUGCAGCAACAUGUGGAGUCAAUGCAGAUCCAUUUUUAUUUUUACUCUCAGCUUUUACAUUUUUAUUCGCAAUCAUGGAACCUGUGCCAUGGCAGCUUAAGAUUGCAUUUCAUUUCUUUGGCUUUGGAUCCCUCAUUCUUGGCAUGGUACUGUUUGCAUCAACAUUUGCCUCUGAAUUAUGUGUGAGUGUUUUCUUCUUGUUGUUUUUUAUGGGAACCUCAGAGUUAAAAAGUACAGUUUGACUCCCGAUAACUCAAACCUUCUAGGGAGACCAAAAAAAGUUUGAGUGAUCAGGAACUCGAGUGCGAGGCAAAGAACCAGAAACAGGGAAAGAAGCAAAUGGAUGGGGAGGGAAUGCAAGUAUCAUGCACUCUCUACUUCAAAGGCAGCAUUGGAUGACAUAAACAUUGUUAUUUUGAAAAAGGAAUUAAGCAACAAAUCUUGAUUAAUAUAUAGGGAUGGAAACUGAAUUUGAAGUGGAUCAAGUGACAUAAAAGUAAAGACAAAGAAUUGACAUGGUUGUUUUGAAAUAAAAGAGAUUAAGCAUCGUGUUUACGGCAAUCGGCAAACAUAAGACUCAAGUUGUAAAAUUUUCAGAAUGAGAAAUGAGCAGAUAAAAACAGCUUCAAAUAAUUUAUUGUUAUGGAAAGAAUUAGUGUGAAUCUGUGGACUUUCGUGUAGUUAUAAUGAACUGUAAACGAUAAGUAAUAAUUAUCGAAAACUUUGUCACGUGGUACAAAUUCACGUUUGCAUUAAACACGAUGCUUAAUCUCUCUAAAUUCAAUGUUUCGGACUUCAGUACAAUGUUUUUCUUUUUCAACUUGUUAUGCACUUAAAACAUGGUUCGGGUUAUCAAGGGUAAAAUUAUGUAGAAAUGACCUGAAAGGAAACAAAAAUUACUUCGAGUUUAUGGGAGGUUGUAGUUAUCGUGGGUAAAAUUACUGUAAAUGUGUAAAGGAAAUCCAAGAGAAAUCAACUUUAGUUCGAGUUAGCAUGAGGUUUGAGUUAUCAGGAGUCAACUGUAUGCCAAGUGCAUUUGUUAAAUUAUAUAAGCAUGCAGGGCUGGGAACAUCCUCACAAUCCCAGGUGUUCUCAAUAGUUGCCAAUAAACCGGAGUUUAUUAAAUUUGGUUCUCCCUGCAAAGUUUACAUAACAAAAUCCCCAGAAAAACCCUGAAGGAUCUUGAUAGUAGAAGGAAAGUGGCGUAAUGCAAUUUAAUAGUAAUACCAAAGCAAAUCCUACAGAUUUAGGCCCCAACUCCCCAAGAAAAGAAAAAAACUGGAUCACAACCCAUUCAAAAACACCCAGGCUCCAUUGUCAAACACACAGGGUGCAAAAAAUAUCAUUUUUACAGCUUGUCAUUCGGGCAAGCUGAAGCUAGCAUUUACUAGCCCACAAGUCAUUUCAACUAGCCCCACGGCAAAAGCUUUUUGAUGAGCAGAAUUGAUUUCACAGUUCUUCUGUUAUUCAGAUUCCUCCAAAAAAAAUCACUUGCCCGUCGGGCAAGUUAAAAAGAGAAUUCACUGGCCAGAUAGCAAAAUCCACUAGCCCCGGGCUAUCGGACACUACUUUCUUUGCACGCUGAACACAGCACCUCAGAUAGUGCAAACUUUCAGUCACAUGGCCUAUUGCUUACAUAUCCUGACAUUGCAGCAAGGUACACUAUUAAAGUCAUUAUGAAUAAUUCUCCUUUGUUCUUUCUCUUGUUUAGCAAGGAUAUGCUCCUGAGUUGUACUAUUUAUGUCUGUCAUUUGGGAUAUUUGCUCUUCUUACAACAGGUAGGUUUGACACAUGUGUUAAGCUUCUAUCUCAUUAGGCAAAUAGUCUAAAAAAAACUGGUACAUGGAGAUGUUGUACAUUGUACCAGUGUAUGAUUUAACAAUUAAUGAAUGAGGCUGAGUAUCUUAUGAAGAAUUAUUAUAUGGCUAAAUCCCAAGCGCGCAAGAUAAAGUGAAUCUUGUGUUUUGAUUGGACACCAAGCAGGCAAGGAAGGCUUGUCUUAUUUGCGUAUCUCCUCAGAACUUCUCGCGUUAUUUGCGCAAGAAAAGAUCUUUCUGUGUCCUUUUUGGCCGUAUAACAUAGUCUUUUAAAGAGAGGAGAAGUCGUUACGCCACGUUGCCGUGGUAGCAAAAUUUUUGGAUGACAACAGAGCGAAAAUUCACCUAAAAAGUAAAUUCGCACUGUUUCAAACUUCAUCGAUCUUAUUCAAUUUCAUUUAAUUUGUCAAAUGUUGGCGGAAUUUUCUGGGUUAAAUCCAAAAGGACAGUAUCUAAGUUUAGAAAAAGAAAAAGAAACUUUUUGUGUUGUGCUCACCUACUCCAUAAAGCGGGCCCGUGAAAUAGAAAGUUUCAUGUCGCAGUCGUGCAACAGCGGCUAAGAAAUGUACAGAAAAGCGUGAUGCACGUGCAAAGUUGAUUUUUUGCUAAUCUAAACCUUUUUUUUUGCUGUUCACCGUCGCCGUUGCAAAAACUCCCUAUUGUUGUCAUCCAGAAAUUUUGCUACCAUGGUAACGUGACGUCACACUUCUCCUCUCCAGAGACCAAGCUUGUUCAGUCAAGGUGGCUCUAUAUUGGCCUGUUUCUUUUGUUGCGUUUUUAUUGGCGUCGAUUUUGUGUCUCAGUCAAUAAAAACGCAAAAAAGAACUUACCCAAUAUCAAUCUUGAUCUCACUCUAAGUCAAUAACGCAUAUAUACGCCUAAUUGCAAUAACGUUCUACUACAAUCAGGGAUGUCAGACUAAGGAAUCAACAGAAAACAUCAGUGGCCAUUUAAGCUUUGCUUAACUCAACUGAUGUCAGAUUAAAGUACUGCAAAUGUGUUUACAGAAUUAUCAAAUUAUCAAAAGGUCUUUUGCAUGGUUACACUGUAAUUAAUUCCUAUUUGUCUAUUUUUAUUUGCUUUUUUCAUAACAACGUAAAUGCAAUUAGGUGAAUGUUGUGGUUCAAUUUUAUCUUUGGUUUUAAUUUUAUGUUCUUUUGUUUUUGGGUAUGAUAAUGUAUGAUGAUGAAUUUGUUUGGAACAAAGGAAACUAAAUUUUAAACCAAGGAUAAAAUUGAACCACAACACAUACAGCUAUUUCGAGAAAGGUUGCAGGAAAAAAAGUGCAAGCGACAACCCCGAAAGGUAAUAUGGGAUAUGAUCAAUACACUGUUUCUGACACUGUAGCUAUCGAACCUACUUUUGCUGCUUCGCUUUAGCACUCGGAAACAUAGUCCAUGGCCUGUCGUGCCAUUCUUUCAAAAUUUCUAUGAAGAACAGUGAUCUCAAAACCACCCAAAAUACCUUUCGGGUUUGUCGCGAGCGCUUUUUCCGAGAACCUUUUUUCGAAAUAGCUGUAUAAAGACCCUUCUUGGCCGCUUGGAAAGCCAAUCAGAACACAGGAAUUGCUUCAACGUCUAGAUGCCAACAGUCUACAAGUGAAAACUUUGAGGACAUAAUAAUUUUUCGUCCCUGCCGCGUACACUUCCUCGCACAAACUAUCGGUUGUUUGUCUCCCACCUUGGUUAAUAAGUCGUGUAAAGAACGUAACUGAAGAAUACAAAUUGUGAUUACCGUUAAGCGAAGUUAAUCUCUCUCAUGAAAGCACGGCCUUUUUUACUGCACGGUUUUGUUCGUGACAAAGUCCAAGGGCCUCCUACCUCAAAUCGAUCGCCUCUUUUUAUUACCGCUUUAACAAUCGCGUAUCACGAGAUUUGAGAUUUUACGGGUUUAAAAGGUGAAAGUGAAGCAUAUGAUUAAAUAGAUAUCGCAUUUAUGCCCACAAUUUAGGCUAGCCGGAUCCUAGUAUCGUAGUCUACGUAGGAGGCGUUCGAAGGGGAAUUCUCGGUUUUCACAUGACGUCAUCAAAAUUCAAACUAAGAAACUAUCGAUUCUUCUGAGAUUCUGAGUUUCAUGAGGUAUUACAGCACCUAAACACCUUUAUUUAAACAGAGGUUUGGUUCGAAAGGGUUCUUCGUUUUGCGAUAGAGGACGUUUGAAUUUCUAGGCUUUUGCGUGACGCGGCAUUUAGCUGGCGGCCGGGACUGCUCUUCUGUGGGUUAAAAACAUUACCAGUUUUGGGAGAUUUUGCUAUCUAAACAUUCCUUCUGUCAGAAUAAAUAUCACUUUAAUAGUUUAUGAGUUUUUUAAGCGAUGAAUUAACGCAUUAGUAGGAAAACUCAAAAACAGAUGUUUCUGUUGGUUUCCGGCGGCCAUAUUUGUGCCCCUCAAAGGGACACAAACAUGGCGCCUCCAUACAAAGCUUUAUAAAUUUGGGUAAAACGUUUUUCCUAAUAUCUCGCAUAUGAAAUAUCGCACAGACCUGAUUCUUGGCAAGGUCUUUUGCUUAUUUAUCUUCUUUUAUUUCCAAGAUUCGGGACUUUCUGUAUCGAAUGGUUUGCAAUUUUAUUUUUGAUUGCGUGACAGUGAAAACCGAGAAUAGAAAAGUAGAAGUUCGGGUGCACGUGGAAGUAGGAAGGGAUUCCCCUUCUCUAACUCCCCACCCCCCCCCCCCCACUUUUCCCUCGCGCACUCGCACUUAGGUAUGCGGUUUUACAGUAAGUGUGUUAUGCUCGUCAUCGCUAGUCUCCUUCGCAGCCGUUUUUUAGGGUCGUCACGCAAAACUCUUCCCCACUGGUGGGAGGAGCGUUGUGUGACGACCCUAAUAACGGCUCCGAAGAAGACUACUUCAUCGUUGCCUAUUAUAAAGUGUACUCAAUACAAAAAUUCUGUUGUUUUACAGGAUUUCUGGUCAUCAUGCUCCCGUUUUGGUUGAUGAACUAUCUGUGGCCAGAUUCUGUUCUCAACCGACGUGAACGGCGAGGAAUUUGCUAUGAGCCCGUAAAGUGCUGCACUUGCCUUUGGCAUAUUUAG